CACUGUUCUUCAUCGCUUGCAACUCGACGGCGUCGUUCCGAACUUCUGCAUCUUUGAGGACUCUUCCAAGAAAAAAUUGAGUCUUUGCCUGCGCUUUCUAGUGGAAACUCCACAUUUCCUAUAUCCCCUACAACGAAAUUCGCCAACGAUGGCUCAACAUCCUCCUUCUUCACCUCUGCCCUCUGCACAAGACCUUGUUCCAAGUCUGGCGGGCAGAGCCACGCAACCGGAUCAUCUCGCUCCUGUUCAACAAACAAACACGACCACCGACACUGCAGGACAAUCUGUACAGACACACUCGUUAAGCAUGGAUGCUACUAUGUUUAUACCUGCUUGUCAUGAACAUAUACUCCGCGAGACACACUCGAAUUUCAAUCCUGAAGCCCCAGAAUUCAUCCCAGAAGGACACUGGCGGGAGGCAUCUCCACAUCGGCAAUCUUCUGUCAACAUUUAUGCGACCGAGUUCAUGCCAGGCAUGCAAAGCCAUCACUGCAUGACUCGAUCAUCGAACAUGAACGCACUGGCGCCCGUCUUUGUCCCAAGAGUCCACAUGGCUGGACAUUUACAUCUUCAGCGUAUGCAGUUGACGACUAUCCUCUCUGUCAACCAGGCAAAGCGACUCGUGCGUUUCAUGCCUGGGGCGGCAGUGCAGACUCCCAAUCCUCUCGCGGCAGAAGGUGUACCCCGAGCACAACAGUGGGGUACAUAUACGUGCCCAGCCCCGACCCCAGAGCUGACUCCAGAGGGCCAAUACCAGUCGCGUCUAUAUCGAGUCCAGGAGGUCAACGACAGAGACACCAUCCCGGACUACGAGCCUGCCGCCAGGGUAGUAUCCACAAAACACUGGAACAACAAGACAAAGCAGUAUGAGGGUCGCUACGAAGAGGAACGCGAGCUCGUCCAAUGCUGGUUACAUCAUGUGGACUUCUUCGGCAGAGUGGUAUAUACCAAAUCUGCGACAAAACCAGCAACCACCAUCGCUAUACUAAAAGCUUCUGGCAAAUGGCUUUCAAUGGGAACAGAGUACAAGUCACGCAAUCACUUCCUCGUGACGUCGGCCUCUCGAUACUUGGACCCUGUGGUAUACUACGGCAAGCCAGAGGUCCUCGACGAACUGCACGGUACCGCACUGGAGAAUGCAUGCGUUGGGCAAUGUGACAAGUUCUACAGUCGCUACGGUUUUUGGCAAGAGGAUUACUAUGAUCCAGACGAGGACGAGCCUUAUCUGGACACACUUUAUCCAGAGGACUAUGAGAAAGGUCAACUCAUUAUAAACGGUUGUACUGCAGGAUUCAGAACGCGGGAACAGGUCCUUACUGCUGGCACUGAGGAGAAAGUUGCCAUUGAUUCUACCCGUCGAGCCGCACUGCAGUCUCGGAAGGCGCGCGGCCUAGUCAAGUCGAGGCUUGCCUACUGCUCGACAUCAGAAGAGUCCGCUGUUGUACGUGUUGGAAGUUAUUCAACCGGAAAGACCCCCAAUGCCGUUCAGAGCAACCCCCCGAUGCAAUCCAGCUCAGAGCGACAUUCAGCACUGGAUACCACCUCAACACAAAGCCACACUCUGAGACCAAUGCCUUCAACCAGCACUUCCGUGUCAUCGGAGGACCUUGAUCGACGAUUGAACGAAAUCGGCCCACUGUCGACUAAUGCAUCUUGGGCCGACGACAUUGAUGUGGAGGAUGAGGUCCAGGCCGUCAUUGGCCCUCAAGCAAGCUUUGAACCAUCUGCACCUCUGGAGACCAUUCUUGAAGAAACACUUGAAGAACCUGAUUCACUCCAUUCCGAAGAAGACAUUGUUGCUGGUGAUGAGGUGCCAAUGUCAACUGAACCAUCAAGUUCUGAUGAGAGUGGCCAUUCUCAUAGGUCCAGCAUCAGCUCAUCAGAUGAUACACCUCCCACAUCCAUCGAUGAAGCCAAUGGAGACCAAGUCGAUGAUUCUGGCCAUCAAGACGAUGACAAUGACAGUGUCUACGACGUCAAUGACCAAGCUUACGGUCAAGAAGACAUUGCUCCUGUAGAGGUCGCCGAGCGUACUGAUGACGAGAUCUUCGGUAUGACUCUGGAGCAAGAGUACGAGAAUGUUCAUGGUGUGCCGAUGCCGGUCGAGACCUCCGUGCAAUCAAACGACAUUGCUCUUGUCUCUACACAGAGAGUCUCAACGGUGGUAACUGCUCAACAACCAGCUCUCCAUCGAUAUCGCCGACGCGCCUUGCCAUGGGAAGCAUCCUCAGGACGUGCUGUUCGACUCUUAGUUGGCGCCUUCAGCAACGGUAGGGUCGUUCCUUUCCUGACAACCAUGCAGUUUGGUACUGUCCACAACUCACUGUUGUACGUUGUUGGGACUGCUAGCAGGGUGGACAGCCCCUAUAUGUCGUUCGCCCCUAAAGUGGCCUUCAAUGAGGUUGUUCGAUACCAACCGAGCCUCCCACAACAACGAGUCGUCGAAUUCAGUGACGACGAAGAGGAGAUCAAUGGUACCGUCAUCCAUCCGAAUGUUACAAUUCGCGGUAGCAACGAUGACAAUAUCACACCUGCGGUUAUUGUCAACGACAUUACACCCGAAGGCAACGUGGAGGAGUCAACACCCGUCGCAUCACCAGCAACAAACUCCGAAUCAUCACCAGCGGCGGCAACUGGCGGUUCACACCCUCAGACUCCCCAACAACAACCACCACGUCGUCGAGUACGCUUCGUCGAGCCCCCACAAGUACACUCGCCAGCAUCGACUGCGUCCAGGUACUCGUCACUGGCAGAACUCGUGUCAGGCUAUGAUCAGUGGCCUGACUUCUCCGCUAUCCAUUGUGAUUCUCCAUCAUCUUCGGCGUCCUCUGGGACUGUCAACCACGAUGAUGAGACGUUGGCGCCCAUUCCUACCUUGCCUAAAUUUGGAAGCGUUCGACGUCGCCGUCGUGCUGGGUUCAGCUUUGCUCGGGUGUUCAGCUCCAGGAGCAAUACAGUACAUUUGACUGUUGUUGGCGAAGGCCCCUCACAGACAACGGUGGUGGAAAAGAAGAGUUGGAUCAAGAAGGGCCUUGGGAAAGUCAAGGGUCUCUUCUCAAAGAAGAGAAAUUGAAAUGAUCUACAACAGGAUUAAUUGGAGGACUGGACACGAUUAAUGAAAAGAACACGAUCAAUAGAAUCGUAACGACUUGAACGACAUGCACGAUUGAUAUGAACUGCUGGGACACAGAAUACAGCCACAAAGAUACCCAUGGGAUAUUGAUUUUGCGGGAAAGGAGUACUUGGAGUUUGGGAUUUGUUUUUCAUGCAUCAGGGCUUUUGUCACGAG